CAGUCCCUCAUUGCCUCUGGAUAUCCCACACCCCCUGAGCAAUCUCCGUCGCUGCUGCUGCUUCCUGCUCCUGCUCCUACCUUCUUAAACAACCACCUCGCCGCCCUCGCUCGCCCUCCAAUAGACUUUUACCCUUUCCCUCCUCACGAAUCCUCACUCUUACAACCUCCGACUACUGCGGCAUUCUUACCUCGCCAACAAUACCCGACCAACAGCCGAUAUACACUGUACACCCACUCGACCACAUCCUCGGGCUCUGAGUUCCCGUCAGAUCCAACCAACGACAUCUCAAGAAGUGACUUGGCCGCUUGUUUGCUUCUCAGCCGUGCCUCUGCAGCAAGCACACUCCUCCCACAACGGACUCCUUCUGUGGUCCAGUCGCUCCUUUCUGCUGCGCUGCGCUCCUCUGCCUGGGCAAACAUCCCUCGGCCGAUACGUCCACCGCUGAUUCUCGUACUCGACGACUGCAACUCCUGCUGCAUCCCGCCCCCCGCCCAGCUACUACUGUUUUUGCUGCAGUAUUUUGUCACAUUCGGUAAGUUACAACAAGCCUACUCGGCUCACCCGGCCACAGAUGGCUGCAAACUCGCGGGCGUCCUUCCCCCCUCCCUUUGGAACUCCCUGGCCCAUUACACAGGACUCCGGGAACCAACACCUGCAUUCGCCCGCGUAACGAGAAUCUCGAAGAUGGCGGGUGAUCAGGGAGCCGGUGGCGGCAUAGAAAGCAACCGUCGCCACAUGUCGACUUCGACUCGCAACGGCGAGAACGAGCCCAUUCAGGAGUCUGAGCCGCAGACCGGAAAGCAGACGCAACAAGAGGAGGCGAAACCCCAGUUCAAGCAAUCGUCACAAGUCUCUCCCAGAGGCUUCAACCCACCCUCGAACACAUCAACACCCACAACAGCACCUCUCAUGGCCAGAGCAUCAUCCAACAGUUCAACUGUAUCAACGCCAAAUGUGCCUACAGACAGCUACUUCGGGACUGUGCCGGAGGUCAAGGCUUCUGCUCCCCGGAUCUCUCGGCCGAUUGAGCCCCCUGUGACCAAGGUGACCCUAAGCGAGCUGGAUGUCUGCAAAAUUAUGCACAACCCAAAGUUGCGUCAUGACAUCAACUUUGACCCCGAGUUGCACUUCCGCCCUAAUCUGGACGGCGACAAGGGCAAGAGGAAACAACACAAGGCGGACCUUUUCUGGAACACCCUUCAGGAGCAGCUCAUCCAGUUCGUGAGCGAACCAGAGUCCUUCUUCUCUGCACACGGUCAGGAUGAUGACUGGUGCUUGCCAUCUUUGUUGAAGGCGGUUAAGGAAAUCAUUCAGACUUUGGUGCCCCAAAGAGACAGAGUUUACUUGGAUGAGGGCCUCAAUGUCGAUUUGCUGAUGCAGCAGUUCUACAGGGGAAUCGCAGACUUGGAAAAGCUUGCUCUGUGGCUAUCUCGAGUUCUCAAAUCCCACUGCGCUCCGAUGCGUGACGAGUGGGUGGACCAGAUGUACACACAGUUGAGCAACGGAAACCGGACCAACAACGUGGAUGAGCUUGUCAAGGGCAUGAAAAGUCUGCUCAGUGUUUUGGAGGCUAUGAAGCUCGACGUUGCCAAUCAUCAGAUUCGCUGCCUUCGCCCGAUCCUUAUUGAGGGAACCAUUCCAUUUGAGCGCAAGUUCUUCGAGAAAAAGAUUCAGGGGAGCAAGCUGGACGUCACUCAAGCAAAUGCCUGGUAUAGGGAUGCUGAGCAGAGAUAUGCUGCUUCUGUGUCUCCCAUCGCAGCUCAUUCCUUUGGGGAGAUGUCUGUCUUCUUUGAAGCCAUCUCUCGCCUGGUCUUGCCCUCGGUAUCCGAAAAGGCGUUGCCCAACACCUUCAUCUUUGACGAAGAGAGAUUCGGCAAGCUCCGGGCGGAUAUGUUGGACGCCAUCAACUUGGAGGUCUGCAUGCGUAUGUACGACGACCUCGAGAGAGUAGGCCGAUUGAACGCCCCUCUCUUCGCCAGCUCCUUCUCACAGUUCGACGACGAGCCUCGCAGCCGCCCUCUUUCCAUGACUCCCGACUUCAACUUCAACACUCCGCCCUCGCGGCCGUCGAGUCUCGCCUUUAGCUCCGGCGACUCUGCCACUUCAUCGCCCCGAUCUUCUCUCAUCCUACCGCCUCAACCUACCUCCGAUCCCACAGAAUCUCUUGCCAAGGCUAGAGAUGUCUACAACUCCUUGGUCGCGCUGCUCCACACCUCGCCGCCGCCGCGUAGGCACGAAUCUCGCUGGGAGGCCAUUGCUCCCUCGCUGGCCCUUCAAAUCUUCCGAUUCACCAACGCACCCGCCGACAUGCUACCGGUCUUCGAGUCGAAGCUCGCUUCCCACGUUUGCGACAUCAACAGCCCCUUGUUCCAAGAGGUCGAGGCGCACUUCCACCACAGGCUUCUGAUGGAGCUCCAGAAGCGCGUGCGCGAGUUUCGCGGGCUGACUGGGGUCGGUCUUUUCACCGUUGCCACUGGCGGCCGUGCCCAAGGCUCAGGACGAUCCAUCGGCAGUCCCGACCGUGAGGGCUCGGUCUCCGACGGCAACCGUGAGAACCGGGAUGACGGCGGAAUCGAGGAUAUGGCGACUCGGCUGGCACACCUUGGUAUCCUCCACUGGAGAGUUUUCGCCGGCCUUGCAUACACUGAAGAAGAGCAGGCCGACAGCUUGAUGGAAAUGAACCAGUUCUGA